AUGGGUUCAAUCGCAGUCAACGAUCCCUUGUUCGAGUCUCUCCGUCUGGGCGCUCUCACUCUUAAGCACCGCGUUAUUUUGGCACCCCUGACGCGUAUGAGAGCGGGAAAGGAGUCUGAGGGUGUUUAUGUUCCCAAUGAGCUUAAUGUCGAGUACUACUCGCAGCGGGCUUCAGAGGGAGGGUUUAUGUUGACCGAAGCUACUCCGAUUAGCAGACAUGCUGCGGGAUACCCAGGUGUCCCUGGUAUCUUUACUUCCUCGCAGAUCGCUGGCUGGAAGAAGGUUACCGAUGCUGUGCAUGUUAAGGGUGGCUAUAUAUACUGUCAGCUGUGGCAUGUUGGUCGCGCCACUGUUUCCUCCUUCAUUGAAGGAAAGGAAGUUCUUGGAGCCAGUGAGAUCCCAAUCAGCGGAAACGCACUUGAUGGGUCUGAGUACGCUGCUUCACCACCCCGUGCCAUGACUAUUGAAGAAAUCCAAGAUACAGUGAAGGAGUAUGUUGGUGCAGCAAAGCGAGCCCGUGAGGCCGGAUUCGAUGGUGUUGAGGUUCACGGUGCCAAUGGAUAUCUUCUUGACCAAUUCCUCCACGACAAUGUCAACACCCGCACCGACAAAUAUGGUGGCAGCAUCGAAAAGCGAUCUCGCAUCAUCCUCGAAGUCCUCAAAGCAGUCAGUGCCGAAAUAGGAGCCGACCGCGUCGGCAUCAGGUUGUCGCCCUACAAUUAUUUCCAGGACACACGGGAUUCAAACCCAAAUGCCAACUGGCUCGCGCUGUGUUCGUUUAUUGCCGGACUUCCCGAGGAAUCGCGGCCCGCAUACGUGCACAUGGUCGAGCCUCGCUUCGACGAGGUUAUGGAUGAAGCGGCCAAGAUUGACUCCCUGGCCUCGGAUAAGCCUUCACUGGAUGUGUUCCGCCUGACGCUGAAAAAGUCAGGCAUCUCUCUUCCGGCAGCUGGAACCUUCAAUUCUGAAAAUGCGGGUUCUAAGCUUGCAGCUGAUGGAGCGGAUGCUGUCGUGUUUGGUCGUUAUUUCAUCUCGAACCCUGACCUGCCACGUCGGUUGAAGGAGGGUUUGCCCUUGACUCCUUACGAUCGUACGACAUUCUAUGGUGCUGAUCCCGCUGAGAAGGGUUAUACUGAUUAUGCUUUCUAUACCAAAUAG